UGCAACGCGCUGUCCCUAUCGUCGCACCGUCCCUUCAUCACCAAUUGGAAUAGUCUUUUUUUUUACUUAAAUAUUUUCAUAUUCGUGCGUUAUAACCGGUCAAGUUUAAAUGUAGACGAGUCUUUGAAAGAAAGAACCGGGUUUUGUGCACCAAUUCAGUGCGUACAUAGAUUGUUUUCCCGAUUAAUAUACAGUGUUAGAAACGGUAAAUGGUUCUUCUGUGUGUGCACGCGUAGUGGUGAGGAUGCAUAAGUGAUGCGUAGGCAGCAGAAUCAAUGACGCGGUUUUCCGAGCUCCAGUUAGUUGGCUGAAGUCAUCGAUGGUUAAAUUUUUGAGAUACCUACUAAAUGGUUGAUAUCUUAGAGAAUCAAAGUGGUUAAACGCGAGGUGUUGGAAAAGUUGCUGCGGUGAGCAAUAUUUUGGUUAAUGAGAGAUAAACUUAUCUCCUCGGGCGCCUGUCUUACUACAACAUUACAUAAGGUCGGUAAAAUAAUUGUUGCAAUUUCGGGGCAUUCUCAUGAGAAAGUGUAAUUUAUCGAAGUAAAAAGUUUAAAUAGUUGCCGCUGAGUUUGGAUACGUUGUUAUUAUAUUUUGGCCGUAUCCGACCUAAUUUUAUUUUAUUUCGCCUCUGUGAUUUUCCUCCACUCUCGAAAAUUAUAUCUUUUCCACCAUGCAGACUCAAUUUUUCAUAAACUAGCGACAGUUUCAUCUGAGCAUAAAUUCCAUCAAGAGAGUUUGCAACAUAAGCUGUGCUUGGAAGUGCAUACGUUCAAAAACCUUUAUGUUAUUGGCUUAAUUGAAGUUAAUGGUAUUGGAUAGUUCCGUGACGUAAACUCAUCGAAAAUCAGCAUUAGUGUGUACGGAGUUAUAUACGAGUGUGGAACUCGCUGGUGAAAUCAGUGAAGGUGUCAAGUGUGAAUUCUCUAUCACUUAUACGUGAUAGAUCAGCGACGUUUGAAGGAAUUUCUUAAGAAGCGGGCGGAGGGGGCAGCGUGGCGGAAAAUGGACUGAAUCGAUGAUGUGGCCACGGAGGUAUCUUUUCGGACAAAGAUCUCUAGGAGACGCCACGGUAGAAACGGACGUAGACAACGAAAAUUGCUAGCGUCCAGAAUCAGAGUCGCCAGCUAUUCUGCUACUGGUGUUCUAUGAGCUGCUUCGACCAUGGUUCAAAGUAUGGUAGAUUCUCUGCAUCCCUGUAUCACCGGCCCAGAGGCGAUCAAAAGCGAGAAAUGCUGGGAGGUGUGCGAGGGCUGCGGGCAGCAGAUCCAGGACCGCUUCUUGAUGCGCGUCGGGGUGGGCGAGGCGUCUUGGCACGAAUCCUGUCUCGCGUGCAGCGUCUGCGCCUCCCCUCUCUCCCGCUCUUGCUACAUCAGGGACAACAAGCUCUUCUGCAAACCCGACUACGACAGGUUGUUCGGGGCCAAGUGUCUACGCUGCGCCGAGCGGGUUCUGCCGCACGAGAUGAUCAUGCGAGCCCAGAACCACAUCUUUCACCUUCAGUGCUUUGUGUGCGUCAUCUGCUGUCAGCCCCUCCAGAAGGGCGAGCAGUUCGUCCUCCGUGCCGGACAGCUUUUCUGUAGGCAAGAUUUCGAAAAAGAAAUGUUCCUCCUUCAGCAAAGCCCUUCAGAUGAGUUGCUGCUAGACGACACAAGCCGACCUCGCGACGGUAGGAGAGGCCCGAAAAGGCCGCGGACGAUCCUCACCUCAGCGCAAAGGCGGCAGUUCAAAGCCUCCUUUGAAGUCAGCCCGAAACCCUGUAGAAAGGUUCGAGAGGCACUGGCGAAAGACACGGGUCUGAGUGUGCGGGUAGUGCAGGUGUGGUUCCAGAACCAGCGAGCCAAGAUGAAGAAAAUCCAGCGGAAGGCCAAGAUCGAGACGGACAAGUCCAGCUCGGAGAAGGACGAGAAGAGUGAUGGACACGGGCACGCCAACAUCAAGCAGGAAUCAAUCAACAGUGACCACAGUGAGUGGGAUCAUUAUCUGAGCCUAAGCAGCCUCAACAUGCACGACAGUGGGGACGCCCCAUUUCUCUCUGGUUCCGGACAACCCCUGAACCCAAACCAACCUUAUUCGCCGGAUGACGGAUACCCCACACACUCUGGAGACAGCUUUUGCAGUUCGGACAUCUCGCUAGAUGGGAGCACUAACUUAGAUGAGGGAGGUUCUGAUUCUUUGUCCCUCCCGCCACCAAGCCAUGAAGGAAUUCUCCACGGCACAUUAGGCCAAGUUAAUCCCAUUGACAAAUUAUAUCUCAUGCAGAACUCGUACUUCAGUAACUCUGAGCAGUGAAGAUCAAGAAUCAUGGACAAAUCUACAGAGAAGAAUCAAGAAGAUUAUUGUGGUGCAUUAAGCAAAAAUGAGGCAUUUAGAUUUGAAUAUUUCCAUUGAUAAGUAUGGCGUGGAUGCUUGUGUGUGGCAAGAUUGUAAAUAUUUUAGCGCAUACCUUGGGUAGAAAGAUUUUUUUAUAUGGUGCAAAUGAAUAAGGACAUACUUGAAGAGCUAAUGGGAGAUGAAAUUUAUAGACUGCAGAUCUACAUGAUCUAUGUGAUGAUCUACAUGAUUGGAUUUGAAAUUCUCUCAAGUCAUGAGUAGUUUCAGAGAGAGAAUCAGAGAUUGCUGAGGAAAUCGGAUAAAUAUUUUUCCCUCCAAGUCAGAAAAAAACC